GGAUAGACUAGUAUGUUAGAGGAGUUGUAGGGGUGUGAUGCCACAAGCUGCUUAUAAAGCGGCGCACACGUUGAAGCUUUUAAAGCAGUGCAUAACGACUAAUUUUGCAGGUCAUCCACCACCACGCACAGCCAGCCGUAGACAUGGAGUCGUUUACCGUGGUGGAGACGCUACAGCCUGCCGUCAGAGCGAUCUUCUGGGUCGGCGCACUCACCACGGCCUCGCUGGCUCUGUGGCUGUUGUACAUGGUCAUCACUGGCUUUAGGAUAUGGGUGCUGGGAAACGGGGAUUUGCUCUCUCCCAAAUUGGGAAAAUGGGCAGUUGUGACGGGAGCCACGGAUGGGAUUGGGAAAUCCUAUGCGGAGGAGCUUGCUCGACGAGGGUUCUCCAUGAUGCUCAUCAGCCGUUCCCAGGAGAAGCUCGACGACGUGGCAAAGUCUCUCGAAAGCACAUAUAAGGUGGAAACAAAAACCAUCGCAGUGGACUACAGUCAGGCUGAUAUCUAUCCUAAAAUCGAAAAGGGUCUUGCAGGACUGGAGAUUGGAAUCCUCGUUAACAAUGUGGGAAUCUCCUAUACAUACCCCGAAUUCUUCCUCCACAUCCCUGAUUUGGAAAACUUCAUCACCACCAUGAUCAAUGUCAACAUCACCUCAGUGUGCCAAAUGACUCGUUUGGUUCUGCCCAGGAUGGAGGCAAGAGCUAAAGGUGUCAUCCUAAAUAUCUCCUCUGCCAGUGGCAUGUUCCCCCUUCCACUGCUGACCAUCUACUCCUCCACCAAGGCUUUUGUGGACUACUUCUCACGUGGACUUCAUGCAGAGUACAAGAGCAAAGGGAUCAUCAUCCAGAGUGUGCUGCCUUUCUUUGUGGCUACCAAGAUGACGAGGAUCAGGAAACCAACCCUAGACAAGCCCACCCCUGAACGCUACGUGGCUGCUGAACUGAACACUGUGGGACUGCAGGACCAGACCAACGGCUAUUUCCCUCACGCCGUCAUGGGCUGGGUAAUCGCCGUCCUGGCCCCCAUCCAGCUGGUCAUCUGCCUGGGCCUGCGCUUGAACAAGUCCCAGCGCGGAGGAUACCUCAGGAGGAGAAAGCUGCGAUAGGUCGAGGACAUUCUAUGAUGGAAACCAAACAGGACAAGAUGUUUUAUAGAAUAUAUAUGUGCUGAGAUUUGAGAUUCACUUUGGAUCUCACGUCUUUGAAGUGCUUCCUCUUAUAACACCCAAUCGUUUAUUUUUUAUUUUUAUAUAAAUAUCUGGACAUGCUCAUGUCCCAUAAUGACUUGUUACUGAAAUGGGAGGACCAAUCUUUCUUUAUAGGGUGAACAAAGUAUUACAUUUUGGAGGAGGGUUUUGUGACCACUGCUGUUGUAAGCAGAGGGCUAUUUAUAUGGUGGUGGUGGUGUUUUCUAUUUAUUUAAUUACUAAUUAUAGAUAUAUAUUUA